GAGUGGAUGGUCUGAAAUCUCUUCCCUCCCUCAAAUUUUUUAAAACACGCUCUAAAGUAGCCCUCUCCCGCUCCGCCGCGCCGGAGCUCAUCGCCGCCAGCGGUAGAGCUCAAAGACAACCUAAACCUUACACCAAACUCUUCGUCUCACCUUGCUAAAAACGAAUACCCAAACCAAACAACAUAAUUCAUAAGCACCGGGCUGAAUCGAAGAGAGGAACUCAAGAACACUAGAUUGGAAAACAAAAAUUAAAUGAUGAUGGGUGCAAAUCAGAGUCUCAAACAAGGGGGGUUUGAAUCCCCAUGCAAAACUCUACCUCGUGGUAACUUUGUCUGAGGAAAUGGAGGGGUUUGAGGUAUUGCUUCGCCGGAUAAGAAGACCGGAGCACCACGACGAUAACAAAGGUUGGCUCAUGUUUUUGUGUUGAAAGAUGGAAUUGUUUGUUGUAGCUUUGUUCUUUGACUCAUCUCAUGGUGCAUUGACCUUGCUUGUUGCAACUUUGAUGAUGGAAUGAUAUUGUUUUGAUGGGCUGCUUUCCCAUAGCUUAUGGUCCAUAGUGUGAGGGAAUGAACCUGUUGCAGAUGAUAGUGUUUUAUUCAUGGCUGAGGAUGGAAUGAAAAUGCAGGGAUAUAAUGGUUCUCAAUGUUGGGAUGUUGCUUUAUCUGUUCAAGCUAUUUUGGCUACUAAACUUGAUGAUGAAUACGGUUCGAUGCUUAAGAAAGCUAAUAAUUUUAUAACACACUCACAGGUGACAAUGAACAGGUCCGGCGAUAGUAAUAGCUGGUAUCGCCACAUUUCGAAAGGUGGUUGGCCUUUCUCAACUCAAGACAAUGGUUGGUCUGUAUCAGAUUGUACUGCAGAAGGCUUGAAGGCAGCCAUUUUGUUGUCAAACCUGUCAUUUGAGACUGUUGGGAAUGCAAUGGAAACCGAACAGUUCUGCGAUGCGGUCAAUUUUAUUUUAUCCCUGCAGAAUAGAAAUGGUGGAUUUGCAUCCUAUGAGCUCACAAGAUCAUAUGCAUGGCUGGAGAAACUAAAUCCAACUGAAACAUUUGAAGAUAUCGCCAUUGAUUAUCAGUAUGUAGAAUGCACAUCAGCAGCGAUUCAAAGUCUCACCUUAUUCGCUCAACGAUAUCCGCGGCACAGGAAGGUGGAAAUAGAGACCUGCAUUGCCAAGGCUGCAGACUUCAUUGAAAGCAUACAGCUAGCCGAUGGCUCAUGGUAUGGAUCAUGGGGAGUAUGCUUUACAUAUGGGACAUGGUUUGGAAUAAGUGGGCUUAUAGGUGCAGGUAAGAGGUACAAAGACAGCAAAAGCAUUAGAAAGGCGUGCGAGUUUUUGCUUUCGAAACAACACAAGAUUUCUGGUGGAUGGGGUGAGAGCUAUCUUUCAUGCCAAUACAAGGUAUACACAAACCUGGAAGGAGAUAAGUCUCAUGUAGUGAACACUGCUUGGGCUAUGUUGGCACUAAUUGAAGCAGGCCAGGCGGAAAGAGAUCCCGCUCCGUUGCAUCGUGCGGCCAAGGUUUUGAUCAAUUCACAAAUGGAAAACGGGGAGUUUCCUCAACAGGAAAUAAUGGGAAACUUCAACAAGAAUUGUACUAUAAAUUACUCAGCAUACAGAAACAUUUUUCCUAUAUGGGCUCUUGGUGAAUAUCGAAGUCGGGUACUGCUUUGUCUCGACAAAAAGUCGAGAGCAACUGCAUAAUAGAAAUAAGCUUUCGAAGAUAAGACAGUAUAUGCUUUAGUGCAGUGUACAAGAGAUUUAUCAGCCAAUGAUUGCAGUAAGUGUCUGCAAAGUGCUAUUGGAGAUAUACCAGGUUGUUGCUAUGCCUCCAUUGGUGCACGA